GGUACUUGUUGUCAUGAGUUUGGUUGGGCUGGCCAAGAUCCCAAUUGCUGGUGGUCACCCUCGACUGGAUCACAGGAGUUCGAAGCCCCGAAUGGUGCGGUAGACACAAACCUGCUCACACGCACACAGACAGAUUUCAAUACAGAUUUCCAGGGUUACUUCAGAGCUCUGUCUGACGCACAUCGCAGACAGCCUCUUCUGUUUAUGAGAGGGCGCUCAUGUCGCUCCUGGUCACGUGGCUCCGGUUGUUGGAUGCUUCGUGUUAGGCGCGUCGAACUGUGGUCGCCGAUUUCUGGCCGGCUCGUCGGACCCGUGGAAAAACGGGCUGUCGACACGAGGUGGAGAAAGAGAGUUGCUGUGUUUCAGUCAGUCUUGCGGGAGGGUAAACCGGCUGGGAAAGCUCUCGCUUCCAGCGCUCAGUCACAUCUUGGAAACAUGCAUUCCCAUGCUGCCUCGGCCUGUUCGCACAGAAAUGCAUGGGUCCGCCUGAGCCAGAUUUGGAGAGUCUGUCGCUGUCUGGUUGUUUUGUACCUACAGAAAUGCUGCUUCUUAGCCCGAGUGUUGGCCAGGGGCGACUGGAGUAAACAGACUUGGCCAGCCGCGAAGUAUACAGGAUCGACUGGUUAUUUGUGGCAGGCAUUAUCUGGACCGGGAGCCAACCGAUGGCUCGGCCGAGCGGUUGAAAACUGA